AUGGAGGAGAAGCUCGUUCAACUGCAACGUAAUGGCCUUUGUGAUCAGCGUAUUUGCGCAGCCAUCUCGAAUCUGAUUGAAGAUUUGAUCUGGGAACUCCCGCUCGCUGCAAGCAAGGAGAAUAUCGUCGACAUAGAGAGAGAAGACAAGUACACGCUUGCCAGAUUUCGUGUGUUGAAACAAACCACAGAAACCCCAGGGGCAGGAAAAGCAAACCUUCGUGGUGGGGAAGGACAAACAGCUACUCAGGGCCUCCCUCGAAGACGCGUCAAACGCAAUAUUCUUCCCAAGCGGGAGAACGAUACGAAGAAACCUGCUGGAAAAAGCACAUCGACAAAGAAACUUGCGAAGAAAGCUUCUGCUGCAAUCGCCCGACCUACUCAUGAUACCCUUACACAGCUGGAGCAGAAAUAUCACGAUAUCAAGCAAGAGAAAGAUAACCAAGACGCUCUUAUUACCCAAUUACAGCGACAAUAUGGGGAUACAAAGCAAGAGAAAGAUGCCAAAGACGCCCUUUUCACCCGACUAGAGCAAAAGUAUGUGGAUGUCAAGCAGGAGAAAGAUGCCGCGAAUCGACUGAUAAAGUUCCUCCAACGACGCCUAGAGGAUAAUGACAGAGUCUUGGAGGAAUUGCAGAAAGAGACCACAGAGUCCAAGAGGAAAGAUUUGGAGAUAUACCUUCUAAGAGAUGACCUUCUAAAAGCACAAAAGGAACUUCAAGAGUAUCGGGAGGCUGAGCGGCAGAAGGCUAUGGGAGACAACAUCGAUGGCAUCGAAAUCCCGACUACUCUACCUGUACAGCCAUCCUGUGAGAGAACUGCUUCCCCUGAACUCGAAUUCCUCUCUCAGACGGUGAUCAAUGAGAGCAGAAACAACGCCGAGAGAUCGACCCUCGUAAGUUGGCACCUGGAGACUAUCUCUGACGAUCUGGCGAUUUGGAAUGGCCCUACGACAGGCCACGCCCUCGAAUUGGUGGCUGACCUGAGCCCCCGUAUCACAGCAUCCACAAGUCCUACCUCUAAGGAAAAGGGCGACUGA